UGAAAGAAGAAGUUAACAUAACCUAUAAUUUACUUUUAAAAAUUAAAACUUAAAAGUAAAGUAGGAUUUAGAAUUUAUAAAUAAAUAGUAAUAAAUAAAAUGCGCUUAUAACAAAAACAAAUAUGAAUUCAAGAAGUUUGUGCACCAUUUGUAACAAAGUAUUUCAAAAUAAAAGAUAUUUACACAGGAGUAUUCAGUUAAACAAAAGACAACAUGAAAAUCCCUUCUGGAGGACUAUUAGAAUAUUAGGUGAUGACUUUAAAAAGUUUAAACAACAUAAAGAGCCUACAGAAGAAGAACAACAAUGGCUCUUAAGAAGGCACUUUCCAAGACAUGCAGAUAUUGUAAUUGUUGGAGGAGGAGCUGUAGGCAGUGCUAUUGCCUACUAUUUAAAGUUAAAAUCAAAUUACGAUGGACUGCGAGUUUUAGUUCUUGAUAAAGAUCCCACAUUUAAGAAGUGUACAACAGCAAUAUCUAUGGGAGCAUUAACACAACAAUUCUCAUUGUCUGAAAAUAUUCAAUUGGCAUCAUAUGGUGCAGAAUUUCUGAGGAAUAUCAAGACCCAUCUGGAUGAAAGUGUUAACAUAAAUUUUGAACCCAGUGGUUAUCUGGUGCUGGCAAGUGAAAAUGGGGCAUCACAGCUUGAAGACAAUAUAAAAUUACAACAAGAAUUUGGAGCUAUUAAUAUGUUGUUAACUCCACAAGAGUUAAAGAGAAGAUUUCCGUAUUUAGACGUUACUAAUGUAGCUGCCGGCAGUAUAGGACUAGAACGAGAAGGCUGGUUUAAUGCCUGGGACAUGUUAACAGCUUUAAGAAAAAAGUCUAUGGACUUGGGAGCGCAGUAUAUUACUGCUGAGGUAGUUGACUUUUUAUUUGAAGAUAGAACAGAUAUAGUAAUUGAAGGAGUGGAUGUAGGAAAUUACCAGAGUACAAAUGAAAUUGUGGUACAACUUCCAGGAGAAAAGGAAACUAGAACUAUAGAAUUUGCGCAUUGCAUCAUAGCUUCUGGACAUGAAUCAGCAACAGUGUCAAAGUUGGCAGGAAUUGGAAUGAAACCUGGAAUGCUGUCAAUACCGUUACCAAUAGAAAAUAGGCGGAGAUUUGUGUUUGCCUUUAAUUGCGAAAAAGAUGUGCCAAGCAUCAACACUCCGAUGAUCGAAGAUUUCUCAGGAAUAUAUUUCAGAAGAGAAGGAUUAGCAGGUUCUUUUAUUGUAGGUGUCGCUCCACAACCAGAGUUUGUACCGCUCAAUGACACCGAGGAAGACAGGGCGAAUUUUUUUAAUGAAAUGGUGCAUCCGCUAUUAGCAAAUAGGGUUCCAGCUUUUAAUGAUAUUAAGCUAACGGGGUCAUGGAGUGGUGACUAUGAUUAUAAUAUAUUUGAUGGAAAUGGUCUAGUUGGACCCCAUCCGUAUUACUUGAACAUGUAUAUAGCGACUGGAUUUAGCGACCAAGGAAUCCAACAAGCUCCUGGUAUAGGGAGGGCAGUAUCAGAAAUGAUUAUAGACGGAAAUUUUAGAACAAUCGAUCUUACUAGAUUAGGAUUUGACAGGUUGUUAGUCGACAAACCAAUGUUCCAGUUGAAGAUAACUUAGUUGCUGAUUUUUAGUUGGUUGUUAUAAAAAUUUUAUUUAAUAUAAUUUUGUACAUAUUUGUUAAACAGUUUGAGAACUCCAAUGGAAUAAAGAAAAUAUUUAUUAA